AAAAAUGAAAAAAAUAAAUACUUUUAGUCAGUUAUAUUCACACUCUCCACAUACACCAUUUUGGUUAAUUUCCAGAAAUCACAAAUAACACAUAAACACUUGGGGCUGAAGUCCAUCCUCUAUCACAAAAAUGGGCACACAGGGCAAGAGCGUGGACUUCAGCGUGUUGGAGUUCGAUACUUACAAUGACUACAUCUUGUCUUUUGGCACGGUCAAGGAUAAUCGGUAUCUGGCCAACCGGGAUACGACAGUGACCAUCGUCCAACUGGGUUACCGCACCACCAAGAUCCCCUACACGCUCGAGGAGUUUCUCAAGCGAGUGGAUAUCGCUCUGGAGGCCAUCAGGCCCAAAACUUCCCUUAUUGGCUUAUUCAGUGAUGCCUUGGCGCCGACGAAUAAGGAUCCAGUGCUUUGGCUUCAAGUCCGCGAGAUGCAUAACCGGAACAAGAUUAUUUCGACAAUCGUCUUCACCUCGUAUAUCAACAAUGAUGGAUCGGAGAUCUCCGGCUAUAUCGACCUGGACAUGAGCUGGCGCAACUGCAUGCUCGAGACUAUAAGGCACACAGAUUGGCGAGCUGUCUUUGCGGGUCGCAGUCGAUUGAAACCCAUGUCACAUAACCUGAGCUACUCGAAUCCCAGGUACAACAUGGUCAAGUACACCGAUAGCGAUAACUUCCUGGUGGUGCAUCAUCAUCGCUUCGGUUUGAUGUUUAUGCAUCGUGGUGACCACAAAAUGAUCACGGUGGGCGGUCAAACUAAUAUGUACACAGGUAACGCCAAGCGAACGAUGAUCUAUUCACCAAAAUAUGGAUACGUGGUCUUUUACGAUCACAUUGUUCGCAAGAAGGUCUAGUUUUAUUUGGUGGUAACAUCCAAAUUACUAGUAUAAUAGAAUGUGUAUUAAGUAAAGAUCAGGAGAAUAGUUUCGAA